AUGAUCCUCGAAACUGAAACUGGCGCUAAUGUGCCAUUGAUCAAGGUCUAUCCGGACAAGUUCUCUGAUCACGUCGUGCUUGUCACAGGUGCUGCGCAAGGAAUUGGCUUCGCCACGGCACAAUUAUUCAGCGACCAGGGAGCGCAUGUGAUUCUCUUGGAUAUCCAAGAAGAAAAACUCAAACAAGCUAUAUCUUUAAUCGAGGCAAGAAAUGGCAAAUCUUCUUACCGCAUUUGCGAUAUCACAGAUGAACACUCGAUUCAGGACGCCAUCGACUGGGUGAUUCGCACUUUCCACAAAAUCGAUAUCCUGGCCAACAUCGCCGGAAUUUACCCCAAUAGUGGUAUCUGCGAGACAACGACGGAACUCUAUCGUCGUACGAUGUCACUAAAUGUUGAUGGUUCCUUUUUCCUAACCCGUGCCGUCCUCCCACAUAUGCGGACUGCCGGAUAUGGCCGAAUCAUCCACACCGGCUCGACAACCUUCCAAGAACCAGAGCAAGGCCAAGUCGCCUAUGUCACGUCAAAAGCGGCUAUUGUCGGAUUAGUUCGCGCAACUUCGAUUGAGGCCGGGCCCGGGAUAACCGUAAACGCUGUCAUGCCUGGGCUGAUCAAAACGGAGCAUGUGUGGAAGCUAGUAGUUCAGCCGGACGGAUCUUAUCCUCUCUUUGAGAGCGUUAUCAAGAAGCAAGAUGUCAAACGAUGCGGAUUACCCCAAGAUGUUGCACAUGUGUUCUGUUUUGUUGCUAGCCCAGAAGCUUCAUUCAUCAGUGGGCAAAUCUUCGACGUCGGCGGUGGGGCGACCUUCCAUUAG